CAAGGUGCAGUCACAUGACGGACCCCCACCACGCUGCAAACCAGUCGCUCAACGAGACGUCGUUGUGAUCCUGGAACAAGUGGAAUCCAGCAGGCGGAAGUGAGUCCCGUCUGCUUCCAGAUCCCGGUCGCUUCUCCGGGGGAAUCCCGUGUUGUCGCGCAGUGGUCUGCGGGAGGAUGACAGCUCGCUGUCCGGUGACAAUUGUUGCUUCGCUUGAGCGCCGUGUGAUCGCGACUACCGCAGGCCCCGAUGGAGGACUCGAGCAGCGGGGGGAGGCAGAGGGCCGGAGGGGAGGGGAGUCGCCCAUCCGGAGUCGGCUUCCAGAGGAGCGUAGCGGCGGUCAGCUCGCCUGCUCUGUCCGUCGCGCGGCUCACCUUACCCGGGGUCAUGGACGCCGAGGGGAGGGUCGACGAGUCCAGGCUCAGGAUGCACAUUUUUAAAAACGGUGGCGUCUGUCCCUCUGAGCGUGGUCUGGUGUGGAGUUUUUUAUUUGGGAUGUACCCUUGCAGCUCGACAGCUUUGGAGCGCUGUCUGCUGCAGGAGCAGAUGACGGAACGUUACCGGGUCAUGAAGAGAAAGUGGCAGCAGUUCCUUCCUGUGGCCGUGCGGAUGCACCUCAACGGAACGGACGCCGAGUUGGUGGCUGCAGUACGUUACUUUGACCAGAGGGAGGCUCUUGCCCAACAACACACCCACCACCAGUCUGAGGAGGUCAGGGACAGACUGGCUUUCUUGGAGCUUCAGGCACAGAUAUUGUUUGAGCGAGUCCCGUUUGACCAAGAGGAGCUACGGGAAGCCACAAGGAUCAUCGACAAGGAUGUGGCGAGAACGAACAGAGACCUGAGCUACUAUCAGGGCGAAGGUUCAGCCAACCUGUUGGUUUUGAGGGAUAUUCUCAUCACUUAUGCUGCGUUUCACCCAGAGGUCAGUUAUGCCCAAGGAAUGAAUGACCUGUGCAGCCGGUUCCUGGAGGUUCUUAACUCUGAGGUUGACGCUUAUUGGAGUUUCUGCUGCUACAUGGAGAAGUUCUCCAAGGACUUCAGGGCUGAUGGUCUGCACAGGAAAAUAGAGUUGGAGGCAGCCCUGUUGAAGGAACUGGACCCUCAUCUGUACACUCAUUUGGUCACAAACUCCAUGGAGAGCUUCACCUUCUGCCACAGGUGGCUGCUGCUGGGUUUCCAGAGGGAAUUUGAACACAGUGAUGCAUUACGUUUGUUCGAGAUCCUGAGUUGUGACCACCUGGAGCUCAUCUCCCAGCAAGUAGACCAGGCACGUUAUAAGGAAAGACUUGCACAAAAAUGCAGCACAGAGGACAAUUCAGAGUCACAGCUGCAAGCCAUCAACACUGACUUCACCUUUGAGCUCUUCAUCUGUGCAGCCAUCCUGUUGGAGAACAGAGAGUUUCUCCUGCGUUGCCGUGAUGAAGUACAACUUAUACAGUUUACAAGCAGCCUUCAGGGAACACUGGAACUGAACAGCACGCUAAAGAAAGCAGAGCACCAUUUGUACAACUACUGCAAGAGCUGUGCUUGGGACUACAUGAACGGGUGCUGUAAAACAGACAAAAGCCAAGAAGAGGACUUUCUGUAUCAACUCCGCAGUUUAUUUGUUUUAAGGUGAAAGCUACUAUUCAGAUAUUUGAUGUUAAACUCAUGAAACUGUUUGUUUUGUAACCAGAUACAUAUCAUCUAUUUUUUCUUUUUAUUUCUGAGGACACUCUCUGAUUGCUGCUGAUCUUUCCUUGUAUCUGUUUAUUAGUACAUUAGAUCGGUUUAUUAUAAAUGUACAGUAUUUAUUGGGGGAAAGCUGACCUGCUGCACCAACUGUGAUUUAUUUUGGUGGCCCUUCUCAACUGCAGUGAAAAUAAAAGGGGAAUAUCUCAGUAGGAGAUAGGAAUCACACUUUAGAGGAUGUUCUUCCCAGGUUGUGCAAUUUUCCACUGCAAAUACAAAACUACAGCUCAUUGGGCAUGUGUGAAAACUAAGAUCUGGCUUGACUCAACAGGUGGUGUGUAACAAACCGCAGUUAUAUUUAAGGCAAGAUGGUCUCCGAGUCAGAGAGGCCCAUGUAACAAGAGUAGAAAUCUAGGUUUUUUUCCAGCUCUGUAAGAGGGUACGAGGAGGGUAUAUGCCCGCACUUCUGUCUUUUUAAAAUGAGAACAAAACAUUUACACUAUAUGAAUAAAAAAAAUGUAUACCUCAAUAAAAUGAUUGUUUACUAAAUGACAAUAUCAAU